UACCGUCGUCUUCUUCAAUUCCCAUUUCUUAUUCACCUCCGCAGUUCAGAAGAGCAACGCCACCCCCAAACCCCCGCACAUUCAUUCCAAGUUAGCGGAGACUGAAGAAGCAAAAUGGAAGCGGAGACUGUUGCUGUUGCUGCGCCUGCGCCUGCACCAAUUCAGUCCGAUGACAAGGCUCACAGCGAAAUCAUGCUCUUCAACCGUUGGUCAUACGACGGCGUUGAGGUGAGUGACAUCUCUGUGGAAGAUUACAUCACUGCGACUGCUUCAAAGCACCCCAUCUUCAUGCCCCACACUGCUGGAAGGUACCAAGCCAAGAGAUUCAGGAAGGCUCAGUGCGCGAUUGUUGAAAGGUUGACCAACUCUCUCAUGAUGCACGGCCGUAACAACGGAAAGAAGUUGAUGGCUGUUCGCAUCAUCAAGCAUGCCAUGGAAAUCAUCCACUUGCUAACUGACCAGAACCCAAUUCAGGUCAUUGUUGAUGCUGUCAUCAACAGUGGUCCGAGGGAAGAUGCAACCAGGAUUGGUUCAGCUGGUGUUGUGAGGCGUCAAGCUGUUGAUAUCUCACCUCUUCGCCGUGUGAAUCAGGCCAUUUAUCUCAUCACAACUGGUGCUAGGGAAUCCUCUUUCAGGAAUGUUAAGAGCAUUGCUGAAUGCCUUGCUGAUGAACUCAUCAAUGCUGCUAAAGGAUCGUCGAACAGCUACGCGAUCAAGAAGAAGGAUGAGAUCGAGAGGGUUGCCAAGGCUAACCGUUAAGAGAGCUGCCAAAGAAGGACUGGAUUUUUUGAUUUCGAUUUCUUUUCUAGGACUUUUAAAUGUGAUGGAAUUUGUUAUGUUUUUGCUUUCGUAAACCUGUUUCUGUUUUCGUUGAUUAUUACACCCCCAAUAGAACUUGCUGCAUGAUCCCGACGUAUGUUGUGUACGGACACCUUAAGUUAUUGCGAUUUUGUUUAUGGAUUGAUCUAUAUAGCUAUUUGUUUUUCAUUUCA